AGCAUGGGGAGUGUUAGCAAGGAAACAGUUGAACAAUACUUGGAGAACAACCCACAAUUCACCAAGGAAUACUUUAACAGGAAGCUCAGGCCAGAAACGAUUGGUGCAAUCUUCAAUGGGACAAAGGUGGGAUUGGAGGAUGGGGUCUCCUUCAAAGACCUGUGCAAGUUGGAAGAGUCUGACAUUGUUUUUGAGCUGGUCAAGGAGCUGCAGGAUGACUCCAAUGUCGAGAAGCAGAUGCACAAGGUACUGCAAAGGAUUGUCGCUCUCGUCUGUGCAGACAGAGGCAGCUUGUUCAUAUUCAGAUCAAGGAAUGGUAUUGCAGAACUGGCCACAAGACUCUUUAAUGUGACCAGAGACUCCAGUUUUGAGAAUAAUCUUGUGCUUCCCCAAGGCGAGAUUGUUUUCCCUUUGGAUAUCGGGGUAGUGGGAUGGACAGCAAAAACCAAGAAGAUUCAGAAUGUUCCUGACGUUACAAAGGAUGUCCACUUCUCCAAAUUUGUUGAUAAACAGACUGGCUACACAACUGUUAAUAUGUUAGCUGCCCCUAUGAUGCAGGGGAAGGAGAUAUUAGCAGUCAUGAUGGUGAUCAACAAAAUUGGUGAACUACAAUUCUCAAAAGAAGAUCAAGAGGUUUUUACAAAAUACCUUAGUUUUGCAUCUUUAGCAUUGAAAUACUCACACUUGAGUUACCUCUACAACGUGGAAACCCGACGAUCCCAGAUCCUUCUGUGCUCUGCCAACAAGGUAUUUGAAGAACUUACAGACAUUGAGCGCCAGUUUCACAAAGCUCUAUACACAGUUCGCAUUUAUUUAAAUGUCGAAAGAUAUUCAGUUGCUCUUCUGGACAUGACUAAGCAAAAGGAGUUCUUUGAUGAAUGGCCAAUCCAGAUGGGUGAGGUACCUCCUUACAAAGGCCCGAAGACCCCAGAUGGCAGAGAAAUCAACUUUUAUAAAAUCAUUGACUACUUGUUGGUUGGGAAAGAGGAAAUCAAAGUCAUCCCGUCACCUCCAGCGGAUCACUGGUCCCUUGUGAGUGGACUGCCAACCUACGUUGCUGUGAAUGGCUUUAUCUGCAACAUGAUGAAUGCACCAGCUGAUGAAUACUUCACUUUUCAAAAAGAACCCGUGGAUGAAACCGGCUGGAUUAUAAAAAAUGUCUUGUCAUUGCCGAUUGUGAAUAAGAAAGAAGAGAUAGUGGGAAUAGCUACAUUUUACAACAGGAAAGAUGGGAAGCCAUUUGAUGAGUAUGAUGAACAGAUCACUGAAACUCUGACACAGUUCCUGGGAUGGUCACUCCUGAACACAGACACUUAUGACAAAAUGAAUAAACUAGAAAGCAGGAAAAAUAUUGCUGCGGAGAUGCUAAUGUAUCAUUCUAAGUGCACCGACAAAGAACUUCAGACCAUUUUGAAAACAAAAGAGAAGUUGGACAAAGACGUUUCAGAUUGUGAACAAAAAGAUAUGUUAAAGAUCUUGAAAGAAGAACUACCUGACCCAAGUGAUGUUGAGCUCUAUGAAUUCCACUUCAGUGAUUUGGAUGUUUCAGAAUUUGACCUAAUCAAGUGUGGAAUUCGGUGCUUCUUCGAAAUAAAUGCAGUCAUAAAGUUCAAGAUACCAGCAGAUGUAUUGACCCGAUGGAUGUACACUGUCAGAAAAGGUUACCGUGAUAUUACUUACCAUAAUUGGCGUCAUGGAUUCAAUGUGGGACAAACCAUGUUUACACUUCUCAUGACAGGUAAAAUAAAGAAGUACUACACAGAUCUCGAAGCUUUCGCCAUGAUUACGGCAGCAUUUUGUCAUGAUAUUGAUCACCGAGGCACCAAUAAUUUAUACCAGUUAAAGUGA